AUGUUCUUGCAGACCAUUGUCGGUGGUGCCAAGUCCAGCAACUGGCAGUACAUUCGCGAGACGGCCAAUAACCCGAGCCAGGCCCCGGUCGAGGACAUCAACUCCCCGAUGAUGGGCUGCUACGAAAAGGCCGGCCGCGCCGCCGCCGGCGUGCAGACCGUGUCCUCGGGCUCGCGCAUCGGCUUCACCGCCUCGUCGUCCGUCAGCCACGCCGGCCCGUCAAUGUUCUACAUGGCCCGGGUCCCCGACGGACAGGACGUCAACAGCUGGAACCCCUCGGGCAACGUCUGGUUCAAGAUUGACCAGCACGGCGCCAAGUCGGGCAGCCAGUUCGACGUCAACAUGAACGAGAUCUACACCACCAUCCCCGCCAGCCUGAAGGCCGGCAACUACCUCAUGAGGGUCGAGCACAUCGGCCUGCACUCGCCCGGCUCUCCGCAGUUCUACAUCAGCUGCGCCCAGCUCAAGGUCACCGGCAACGGCGCCAGCACCCCCACCAACCUCGUCGCCUUCCCCGGUGCCUACAGCAAGAGCGACUCGGGCCUGUAUGGUAGCAUUUACGUCGGCGCCCCGGCCCAGUACAACUACCCCGGCCCUCCUGUUUUCGGUGGUGGUGGCAGUGGCAGCACCCCGCCUCCUGUAAGUUGA